GUUGUUGUUCUUUCGACGGUCACCCUGUCGUCAUUCUGGAAAUUGUCCGGUUAAAUAACGUCUAAUGUAGUCGGACGGUGGUUAUGUUUUAGUGUUAAAGCUAAACAAACGAGGGCGACACAAUGAAAUAAUUAUGGGAUGUUUUACCUCAUUGAGACGACAGCAUAAGAAGACAGGUUAAUGACAGUACGUGUAGAUCUAGUAUUUCAUCGGAAGGUGUCUGUCUUCUUCCUCUGACACAAUAUGAAUCAUAGAUUGGCCCCAAAUAUCUGGGUGAAAAUAGACAGAGCAUCUUCUAUGUGUCAGACUCAUUCUCGCAGGUCAGCGGCUUUACUGCUCUUGUUUGGUACCUCCUCCUGUAGGAUCCAUGUGCAACAACCUGUUGGCUACCUCAACCUGAGGCACUUCCAUCAUCUGAAGACUAGAGGCAGGAAGGCAUGGAUCUUUAAAGCCAGCCAGAUUAGGCAGCGACUUGGACUCCACACCAGCUCCCUGUGUUUGAAUACUUCAGCUUCCAGGUGGUCUGCGGGUCUGAGCCAGCACAUGUCGCGGGUCAGGAGUACUUUGGACACAGUUUCCAAGGCUGUAAGUGGGACGCAUACACAGCUUCUGUCCAAAAUCUCUCGCCUCAAACCAAAGGAACAGAAACAGCUCUUGGCCAGUGUUGAAUCUACAGCAAAACUUGAGGAAAAAACAAUCACCGCCACUCCUUCUCCCACUGUAUCCACUACACCCAGUUCUUCUGCACACACUGGCCUCUCUACUUCUGCAGCUGCAUUUGAUGGGAGGACCACUGCUUCCACUACUCCCGCUGGUUCUGCUCAGGUGACUGUCACCCCUGCGAUCGUCACUAUGCGUGACGUUAGUAAUAAAAAGCUGAGACGAGCUGCUCCCACCGUCAAAGCUACUAAAAAACAGCAGGAAGAGGAGGAGCUUCCUGCACCUCAGAGUAACAAUGGGUACAAAAUCACUACUUCCAAAGAAACUCCAGGACUUUUCCAUCCCAGUGCAUUUUCAGCCAACCUAGAUGAGACCUACAGCUACUUGUCUCAUCACAUCAACUCUUACUUUGGCAGCGCAGCAAAGACUCAGAACGAGAAAGGCGACAAUAUCGACAACAACCCACCUCCCUAUCAGCCUCAGCAACACUCCGACCUCGUACCUGUGUCCGAUAAAGCCGGCCGCGCCGCUCCCAUCACCCCGCCGUCCUCCAAGAAGAGUUUGGGACAGUACUUGUCCUAUUCUGCUCCCACUGUGCAGGCAUUUGUUGGGAACUACAUUGCGCCUCUUGUCCCUAAAUUCAGAGUGGGAGAGUCUAAAAGCACCGCGAUGGAGGAGAAGAAACCUGAGGCUGUGAUGGUGAAACCGACUGAAAGCCCGAUUAGCAGAGAGCAGAGUGCUGCAGAGGAGAAAGCUAAGAAACUUCUGCUCCAACGGGAGAAGAUCAUAGCCAGGGUGAGUGUGGACAACCGCACCCGGGCUCUGGUCCAGGCUCUCCACAGAGCAUCAGACGUCAGGGUCUACAUCAGCAGGGUGGAGGACUUAAGUUACCACCUGCUGGAGUUUCCAGAGACCCGGGGUGUAGCAGUCAAGGAGAAGGUCAUUCCUUGUCUGCUGCGUUUAGAGCAGGCCAACGACCCGGGCUUAAGGGCUGCAGUCAGAGAAGCUCUCGCCUUGGUUGGCUAUCAUAAGCCUGUAAAAGGCCGUGGGAUACGAAUCUUGUCCAUAGACGGAGGAGGUUUACGGGGAGUUCUUGCCCUUCAGACCUUACAGAAGCUGGAAGCCCUGACCGGCAAACCCAUCCAUGAACUGUUUGACUAUAUUUGUGGUGUCAGCACAGGAGCUGUCAUAGGGUUCAUGCUGGGCGUGAUCCAAAUCCCUGUGAAAGAGUGCGAUGAUCUGUACCGGAGGCUGGGCUCAGACGUUUUCAAGCAGAACGUGAUUUUAGGCACCGUGAAAAUGGGCUGGAGCCACGCUUUCUAUGACAGCGAGGCGUGGGAGAACAUCCUCAAGGAGAAAGUGGGCUCCCAUAUCUUAGUGGAGACGUCAAGAAAUCCUGAUUGCCCCAAGGUGGCAGCUGUGAGCACCAUUGUGAACCAGGGGCUUCCUCUGAAGGCGCAUGUCUUCAGGAACUACAACCUGCUGCCCGGGGUGCGCUCCCACUACCUAGGGGGCUGCCAGUACCAGCUGUGGCAGGCCAUCCGUGCCACGUCAGCAGCCCCCGGGUACUUCCAGGAGUUCAAACUGGGAAAUGAUCUCCACCAGGACGGAGGUCUGCUGAUUAACAACCCAACAGCGCUCGCGAUCCAUGAGUGUAAGUGUUUGUGGCCCGACACGCCGCUGGAGUGUGUCGUGUCGCUCGGCACAGGACGCAUCGAAACCACUGGCAAGACCAGUGCCACUUAUACGAGCCUCAAAACGAAACUCGCCAACGUCAUCAGCAGUGCCACAGAUACCGAGGAGGUUCAUGCCAUGCUGGACGCCUUCCUCCCUCCCGACACCUACUUCCGCUUCAACCCCUUCGUGAACGAAGAAGUCCCCAUGGACGAAAGCCGGCUUGAGAAGCUCAACCUGCUGCAGGCCGAGGGCCUCCGUUACCUGGAGAGGAACGAGGAGAAGCUGAGGAAGGUCGCUCGCCUCCUCACCCGAGAGAAAAGCUCCGUCCAGAGGGCGACCGAGUGGGCCAGGCUCAGGGCUGACAUGUACAACGGCCUGUCGUCAAAGCUGUAGAAACAAAAGGAAGUGACUUUUCCCAGCCCAAAUCCUCCACACAAUCUACGUUUAACUUUAUGUCAUGUUACUGUGGUUACUGUAGCAUAGUUAGUCUUUUUUUUACCAGUAGCUGUAAAAAAGAAAAACGGUGUGAGAUGCAUAUAAAAUGCCAAACGCCUUCUCUACUCACCAAUACUUUGACAGAUAUUUCUACUGUUGAUGUGCCAACAGCUCUAGCACGUCCCACAUAAGCAAUUUUCAUUUACUGCCAACAACUUUGGCAGGGAGCAAUUAUCUGGUUACUACGUGUGUAUCACUCAUUAAGCGUGGUUUUUAAAUUAACAAUUGUGAAGUUUGAGGAAAUCCUCAAAUAUGAAUCAGAGCAACGCUGUCAAUAAGAUUUAGAGGCGCUGCGCCUGUUGACUUCCCUCCUUAAAUUAGUGAAAGUGAUAUGAAGCCAAGGCCACUGGAGAGUUGGCUUCAAUUAAAAUAAAAACUUGAAUAUAUUUAAAGCGUAGAAAUUACAAAGCUUGAUAGUUUUAUGYSUGUUGGGUGUUAUUUCUAAAUUACACUAAUAUCCCUUGUUGCUUAUUUGCAAAAGAAUAAUUAAGCUACUUCAGCACAGUCUCAUAUUGCAGUUGAAUGAAGCGGCUGAAAAAAAUAAAAAAAUAUUUACAACGUCGUAUAAUUUUAGGAGUUGUAAUAUUUCACGUGAGCACUUUUUAAUUAUUAGCUUUCUUUUUUAAUGUUACCUGCCAAUACUGAUUUUUAGCUAAUUCCAAUUUCUCUUACAGUAGCUUAAUUACCACCGUUUAAAGUAUUUUUUUUAGGUUUCCAGCAAUGAGCAGCUAUUAAAUAUUGAUAUUUCAUCAGCAGAUGUUUCUUUAAAGUACACAAGCUUGUCAAACGUUGGUUAGCGUAAUUUAUUAGCGACUACUGUGGUAACCAUUAGUAAACUGGCACUCUCUGUGUCUACUUCCUAAAAAAAUUUAUAUGGUUACUUUAAAGUUUCCAAAAGGCUGCUAUCAUUUCCAAAUGCGCCCUGUUCCAUAACAGACUCAAGGGGAUAAAGCCGAGCAGCUCCGUUCGUUGAGCACCACUUACCAACAUCAACCGUCGUAGCAGCCUCCUCAGAAACUUUCCUUUCCUUUUGAACACCUUUUGUGCUACAUCUGACUUCAUUCUUCCCUCUGUAACAACUUCAACACCGAAGAGUGUUAUGAGUCAAGGAACGGCUCGUUUCGUUAUAACUGCAACUAUCUCUCAUUUUUGUGAAGGAUAGUUGAGGUCCUAUGCUGCAGGUGACAUUUCCCAGCUAUGGGUAAAUUGUGUGUGUAACACAAAUGGUAGAUGAGGGUCAGCCUCAGCCAUUACAAGUAUUACAAAUGUGUUUCUAAUAUAAAUAAGAUGCUAUAGAGAGAAUAUAAAUCACAGAUGUGUUAUUUAACAGAGAUCCAAAGCAUGUCUGUCAUAUUGUUGUGUUGUUUUAACUUUAGAGUAUUUAAAGUAGUUUCAAACACUUUUCUAUUGACUGUUUGGUUCUGCUUACAUGUUGUGCUGUCUUCAGCUUGCCCUUUUUGCUUUGAUGCCUCUCUCGCUUCUCAUCUCAUCGCAGUUUCUUCUCUCCCGUACUGUAAUGUUUUCUAAAAUGAUGCGGCUUGUAUAUGAAGGAUUGUAUUAAAACAGAUUUCUUUUUGUUCUGCUGUUAUCGAUUUGCCACAGUGGAAAAAUGGGUCUCCUCUGUUUGCCGCUGUAUAAGCAGCAGUCGUCCAUUUCUAGACCCAACCAGGUCAUGCACUGUGUAACCAAUGGAGUCGCUCCCUGAGGGACCCUGAAGUAAGACGGCUACUGAUAUCGUCCUAAUUGUUUUAAUUUUACCGUCCAUCUCGUGUUGGUCCAGUGUAAAUACUGUUUGAGAAUAUAAUUAAAACCCACCGCUGAACCAUAAUG